AUUUGGUAAAAGAUCAUCUUUUUCCUACUUUAACAUGUUUAUCUUUGUACAAACAUCAGGAAAUUGUGUAGCAUUUAUCUAUAAUGGGUUUGGAUUCUGAAGAAGCUGAUUUGGAGGUCAAAAGAGAUGAGAAAGCUAAAGAAGGAACUAUGUGUUUACAUUCAUUUUCAGAUUUAACCUAUGUGUCUCCUGUUGUGUUCUUGUAUCUACUCAAAGAAUGUUAUAAACAUGGUAGCUUGAAGGCAACUAAAAAGUUCCAAGCUUUGCAGUAUCGAGUUCAUCAAGUUCUAGCUAAUAAACCUCAACCAGGACCUGCUACUUUCAUUAUUAAGUGUCUCACUGUGCUUCCUAUGUUUGGUGUAUAUGGUGAAGGUUUUAGUCAUUUGGUUAUAUCGGCGCUACGUCGCUUCUUUAAAUCAGUAUCUGAACCAACAAGUGAAGAAGAUAUGUCUUCUGCUAGAAAAUUAGCUGCUCAGUUCUUUCUUGCUACUGUUGGAGGAUCUUUAACUUAUGAUGAGAAGGUGAUGAUGCAUACUCUUAAAGUGUUUGAUGUGGGGUUGACUAGUAUCGAUGAAGCUUUGUCUAUCUCGGAAGUUUGGCAGGGUUAUGGGUUUGCUUGUGGAAGGGCGUUUCUUGAACAGUACAUUUCUGACUUGAUCAAGUCGAAAUCUUUCAUGACGGCUGUGACUCUGUUAGAGCAUUUCUCUUUCCGUUUCCCUGGAGAAACUUUUCUUCGACAAAUGGUUGAGGAUAAAGACUUCCAAGCUGCAGAGAGAUGGGCUACCUUCAUGGGAAGGCCAAGUUUAUGCAUUCUUGUUCAAGAAUAUGGCUCAAGGAAUAUGCUAAAGCAGGCCUAUAAUGUCAUAAAUAAGAACUAUCUCCAGCAGGACUUUCCCGAAUUGUACCAUAAGUGUAAAGAAAGUGCUCUGAAGGUUCUAGCAGAAAAAGCAUGCUGGGAUGUUGCUGAAAAUAAGACAAAAGGUGAUAGACAGCUUCUUAAGUAUCUGGUAUACUUGGCAAUGGAAGCUGGGUACUUGGAGAAGGUUGAUGAACUGUGUGAUCGAUAUUCACUUCAAGGUCUGCGAAAAGCACAAGAGGCUGAGGUUGCUUUUGUUCAAAAAAGCUUUCUGCGUCUCAACGAUCUAGCUGUGGAAGAUGUGGUUUGGGUUGAUGAAGUCAAUGAGUUGAGAAAUGCAACUUCUUUUCUUGAAGGAUGUAGAGUUGUGGGUAUUGACUGUGAAUGGAAACCUAAUUAUAUUAAAGGCAGUAAACAGAACAAGGUUUCAAUCAUGCAAAUUGGAUCUGAUACCAAAAUUUUCAUAUUGGACUUGAUAAAGCUUUACAAUGACGCCUCUGAAAUUCUGGACAACUGCCUUAGUCAGAUUUUGCAAUCGAAGAGUACAUUAAAGCUCGGUUACAAUUUUCAAUGUGACGUCAAGCAGUUGGCGCUUUCAUAUGGGGAUUUGAAAUGUUUCGAGCGAUAUGACAUGUUGCUAGACAUUCAAAAUGUUUUUAAAGAACCAUUUGGUGGUUUAGCAGGACUAACGAAGAAAAUAUUGGGAGUGUCUUUGAACAAAACAAGACGCAAUAGCGACUGGGAACAACGGCCUUUGACCCAGAAUCAGCUUGAGUAUGCUGCUCUUGAUGCUGCAGUGCUGAUUCACAUAUUUCGUCAUGUUCGCGAUCAUCCUCCACAUGACAGUAGUUCAGAGACAGUCCAGUGGAAAUCUCACAUUGUCUCUCACAUGGAGAGUCCAAAGAAGUUGAAGAAGAAGCCUAAGUGCCAUUCCACGCAAACAUCAGCGUCGACAUUUAACAAGCCAUCAGACAAUUGAAACAAAAGAGAAAGUGUGUAAAUAUUUGUUCAAACUGUAAAAUGAAAAGAUACAUUUAAC